AGUGCAGGCUCUUCUUAGCUGUGGCAAGUGACAGGUACAAGAGUUUGUUGUACAGGGCUGCUAGAGGGAAGCUUCCUCUUAAGUUUUCCUCCUUGGAAUUCCCCUAAGCCUCUAACGUUUCAGCUGUGACUUGCCUGGCUUGUUUCCUCCUUAUUUCUAUGAACCCUCAGUAGUGAGAGCAGCUCUCCUGCUGUGCUGGUGCUGAAUCCAGAUUGAAGGAACAGGAACCACCUGCUUUCCUAAGACAAGAGAUAAAUCAUGGAUUCAGCAUCUGUGUCUGAAAAUGGCUACCUUGAUUUGCUGCUUUGUGAUAUUGAUCCAGUGCAUCUAUUUACAUUCUCAGACUCUAAGUCGUCUGGAAAUGAAGGUGAAUUCUUUGCAGAUCCUGAAAUUGAUACCUGCAACUAUGAACAAUUCAAUAAUAUGGAUUUCCUGUGUACAGUGGAAAAUGAUGAAAGUGAGGAUGAAUUGUAUCUCUCUUCCAGUGCCAGAGAUGCUUAUGCUAGAAUAGCUGAAUUAGCAGAAUAUGUGCUCAAGGAUCAGCAUGAGAAGCAGGUGGAAGAUGCUUUUGCAGGGAACCUUAUUUUGGAUGAAAUGGCUCUUGAAAACACUGAGAAAUUCACUGACGUAAAGAAGCAGAAAUGUCACAAAAGAACCUUUUUAGGCUCUGCAGAGACUUGUUCUGAUACUUCAGAACCUAAAUACAAGAAAAUUGUGGAUGCCCCUGCAGUAUCAACAGGGAAUGGAUGUUUCCUUACGACGUCUCUCAACAGCCAUUCAUCUGACUGCACCCCACUAACUCAUCAGCACAUGUCCUUUUCUGUUCCCACUAUCAAUGCACUGGGAAAUUUUGUAAUUCCUGGGUCUUCAGUACCUUUGAUUCCAGAGAGUCUGCCACUUGGCAUGAAAGACAACAGAGAGAACAUAGACUCUGUGGAUCCUGCUCAGCAGAAAAUUAAUUAUUUUCUUGGAAAUGGUCAAUCUAAUGCUAUAAAAUAUCCAGCACUGACUUCCUCCACUGAAUUAAUGGUAUCCCCAAGUUUUCAAGUUAAUUUAAAUGGCUUAGAAAUGUACAAAGAAGUCCAAGUUCCAGUAAUUCUUUCUGAAGAAACUUCAAGAAGACCAAGGUCAGUGGAAGCUUUCUGUACAUCGCUUAUGGAUUACUUCCGAGACGUAUGCAAAUCUGUGUCUGUGGAGCGUGAAAUGUCUCUUGAUCACAUGUAUAUUGAUGGUACACUUAGGCAAAGCCAAAUUGAAACCAAGCCUGGGAAGAACAGUGUAAAAUCAGUGGAAAAGGAUUCGGUAACUAACAGUCAGCAAGGGAAGGAAAAGGCAGUCCUUGAAAGAAACCAGAUAUUUCAAAUCCCAGGAGGUAAAGAGUUAGAGACUAAAGUGAUUGUGGUGCUGGGAAAAGCAGGAAUGGGCAAAAGCAUUCUUGUUCAGAAGAUCUGCCAGGACUGGUCCAAUGGAGAGUUUCCUCAGUUUGAAUUUGUCUUUUGGUUUGACUGCAAACAAAUAAGCUUGCCUGAGAAGUGGUACAGCUUGAAGGAUCUACUUCUUGACUUUUUUGUGAGACCUCAGGAGGGAAGCAAAGAGAUCUUCGAGUAUUUACUUCAGAAUUCUACUAAAGUCCUUCUGGUUUUUGAUGGUUUGGAAGGGUUGCACGGCCAUGAGAAUUUUCCUCAUUGUUCAGCCAGCCAGCCUAACAAAGACUUGUGCCGCAUGAAGGAGCUGCUUUCAGGACUCAUCCAAAAGAAGAUACUCAAUGGCUGUACUUUAUUACUUACAGCAAGAACAAAAGAAAAGGUGUGCCAGUAUGUGUCCAAAGUGGAUAAGACUAUUGAAAUAGUAGGAUUCUCCCCUCGGCAGAGAGAACUGUACAUAACCAAAUACUUUGAAGGAUUCCCCUUGUGCGACAAUGCACUGAAUUUAAUCAAAGAGUGUGAGUACCUCUUCAGUCAUUGUUACAGCCCUGUUAUGUGUAGAUUUGUUUGUUUUCUCUGUGAGGCAAUACUUGAAAUGGGAGACCAAGGCCUUCCUUCAACUCUUACUACACUCUUCCUGAAAUUUGUUCAGCAAAAAAUAAUGCCUACGCAAACAGAUGUUACAGAUGUUACACUUGCACAAAACCAAGAGAAUCUUGCUACGCUAGCAUGUAUAGCCUGGUAUCUUGGAGAAAAGCACCAAAGUGCCAUGAAAAGUGACCUUCUUCCUUCUAAGAAAGUUAAAGAGUUUGCUCUGAAAAAUGGAUUUUUCCUGCCAUUUGCAUUCCCCAAACAUUCAGGUACAGGAGAAGAGGAAUAUGGGACCAUGUUCUCCGAUUUUGUCAUUCAGAAUUUCUUGGGUGCACUUCACCUUAUAUUAGCAGAAGGCAUCAAGGACAAAAGUUUAAUAAAGUAUCUGUCUUUUCCAUCCAAAAAGAAGAAACCUUAUAACUGGUUACAUUUAGUGCCUCGAUUUUUGGCUGGAUUGUUAUUCCUCCAGGAUGACACCUACUUCUGCUCUUCAAACAAGGGUGUAAAAAAAUCAACCAAGAAGCAGAAAAUGCUCCUGAAAUAUAUUAAAAGGUUGCAAAUAAACAACCUCUGUCCAGAGAGGUUACUUGAGCUUUUGCACUGUAUUUAUGAAACACAAAACAAUUAUCUCUUGCAGCAUGUGGCCUUAAGGCUCAAGCCAGACCUGUCCUUUCUGGGCACUGUUCUUACACCACCAGAUGUCCAUGUACUGUCCUCUACUUUAAAAAGGUCAAGAAAAGAGUUUUCCUUGGAUUUGCAGAACAGCAGUAUUGACACGCACGGGCUAAAAGACUUGGUUGGCCUGAAGAAUGUGACAUCAUUCAGGGCCUCCCUCAGUGAUACAAUCAAGCUAUGGAAAUAUUUAGAACAGACAAAAGACUAUGAACUGCUGAGAGUGUCAACAGAAAAAUUUGUUCUUGAUCCCUUUAAGGCAAAGACAAUGAAAGACAUCAGUGACCUUUCUGACCUCGUAGAAAUGCAGGAGAUAAUAAUCAAUUGUGUUCAAGAUGCCUCCAGUUGCAGCAGCUAUGAAAUUCCUGCCGUAAAAAACCUGAGAAAACUAGAAUUUGCUCUGGGUCCAGCGUGUGGCCUUCAGGGAUUCCUAAAACUCGUGGAAAUUCUGGCAGCAUUUCCAUCACUGCAGCAUUUAGACCUUGAUGCUCUGAGUGAAAAUGGCAUAGGAGAUGAAGGAACAAAGAGUCUGUGUGAAGUCUUUCCAACACUGACAUCACUGGAAACAUUAAACUUGUCACAGAAUAAGAUAACAGAUGUGGGUGCAGAGAAACUAGCUACAGCUCUUCCCUCCUUGUCUUCAUUAACAACACUAAGCUUAUACAACAACAGCAUUUGUGAUUUUGGAGCAGAAAACCUUGCAAAAAUCCUUCCUGCAAUGGCUUCUUUAAGAGUGCUAGACAUUCAGUACAACAAAAUAACUGGUGUAGGAGCCCAACAGCUGACUGACAGCCUAAGAAAAUGUCCCCAUAUUAAAAAUUUGGUGAUGUGGAAUCCUACAAUUCCAUAUGGAGUUCUUGAACACCUUCAGCAGCUGGACUCCAGGAUCAGUGUGUAGCUUCAGAUGAUCCUAUAAAGGUAACAUAAAGAAGAGGGGAAGGUCUCUUCUGUGUUUUCCUAUCUUACCACUUCGAACUAUCUUACCAUUACGAAGCAGGAAUUAAAUGCCAACUUUUGUGAUAGUGGCAACAUGAAAAAAGUCACAUUGAACCUUCUGGGUGAUGCUUGAAGUGGGUGAAUGAUGGAGUUCACAGUUUUAAGAGGUCAUUUAAAAUUUAAAGUGCUUUUUAAAAACUCAGUUGCGUCUCCAUUGAAUUGAUGAACAGUUAAGUAACACGUUUCACAGAAGAACAGCUGGAUAAUUUUCAGUAUUAAAAGUGAACAGGAGUCACCAGCUUAUUGACAGUAGAAAAUUCUAUCGAUUCAUCAAAGUGUAUGCUACAAGCUGCUGCACCCUCAAUGUCUGAAGUCAUGAGAGAUGAAAACUAAUUGUUUUGUGGUGCCAUUGAUAAACACAAUUAAGUUUGUUUUGAUUUUGGACUACCAAAGUUGAAGUUUUCACCUGUAAGUCUGGAUUAAAUGAAAGUGUCUGGAUCAGAAGCACAAGAACGACCAGACUGGAAAACAGUCUGAAAUUGUAAUGUUGUCCUUGGGAAUCUAGAAGUGGCUCUUUUCUUCAUGCUCAUUAUCAGUGCUGCCUUAAGAAAAGUACUUUUUAUCAAAUAAUUGUCUUGUUACAGAUUCCUUCAAAAAGAGUUGAGGGAGAAGAGAGAUGAAUUAAACUGAAAAACUAUCAGGGAUUUUUCUGAUAAUGUGACAGAAAUCGAAUUAUAUACAAACAGCUCCAGCCUAGUGCACGGAAAUCUUCAGAGUGACAUCGCUUAAAGGUUUUGACUCUGUCACAAAUGGAAACUUUACAAGUGUGAGGAUUUUUCUGUUUUUUAGUGAAAGAAUUUCACUAAACUGAAAACAAAACUGGAUUUCUGAAACCAAUUUUUCUUCUCAUUUAUAUAUCUGAAUUGAGAUUUAAUUGUCACCCGCAAGUGUGAGACUAAAUGCAUGAGCAUCUAUUCUAUACUUGAAAAUGAAAUCACUACUUUGUAUUCUUGAUGCGGUCUGCUUCUGCAGAGUUAAGAAGAAUUAGGCAAUGACGGGAAAUCGCGUAUUUCAAAGAAUUAACGUGGAUCUGUGCUGCUGCCCUCAGUGCUGUUUGAGCCAAAUCCUGCUCCUGCUGAAAGCAAUAGCAAAACAGUCUCCUUUUCUUGCACUUCAGCCCUCUGAACACAGGAAAAAAUAAUAAUUGUACAGAGGCAACUGUCUGGACUAGCUCUCUGCAUGUCUAGAUACAAGCUGGCGACAGGAAAACAAAGUUGGAUGGUAGAAGCUAGCAUCCAGUAUGCUACAGAUUGAGAAGGGAGGGCUGUGUACCUCAUUUUGCUAACUUGAUCAGCAGCCUCCUUUAAGUCUCUUUUGCUAGGAAGCACUGACAACACUGAUCAAACAUCUUUGCAAAUGAGCAUCUCUCAACUCACCUUCCAAAUAUUCUGUUACUUGGUUUGAAAACAUCCCCAAUUUAAACAGUUCAAAACCUCAAUCUUUGUUCUUUCCAGCAAUUUCUAUGUUUCCACUUACAUUUCUGCACCUGCAGAAUCUUGACAAUUUAAAGAAAGAAGGAAGGAAGGUCAUCUAAUUUAUUGUUUCUGUUCAAAAAAGUCAGGAACCAGACCUAGCACAUGGAGGUAGUAGUGCAGGAGGGCAAGGUAAAAAACACUAUGGAGAAUGCGAUUUUAACUAGAAAAUUAUAUUUGCCUUCAUUAUCUGCUUCAGUCUUCAAGUUCUAGCCAGAGGUGUGGAAAAACCUCAUUUAUGUUCCCCUCUUUAAGCUGCUUGAAUGGGAAGCAGCUUGAGCUAAAUUCAGUGUGACAUUCCCAUCAGCCUACAGCUCUCCAGCCACGCAGAGCUACAGUGAGCACUCCUCUCGGCUUCCUUGGACCACACUUAGGAUGACAAAUGCCCCUGUAGGGAUAAAUUCUGCAACCAGGCUUCACUGUGACUGAAUCUAAGAAUAUGCUAACUAUAAUGGAGGCAGCUGAAUGUUACAGCACUCUGCACUGCUAAAACAGUGUUGGGUAUUCUACUGUUCUCUUAGUGGGAGAUGUAGGCUUAUAAUGUAGAUUGUGAAUUGUGAUGCAGUGUUUUGGUCAUCUUUAUACAUCUUUUUUGAAAGUAUUAAUAAAAGUGAGUAUUCCUUUUUACAGUAGCUUGCAGUACUCAUUGAAAAUCAUUUGUGUUUUUCUCUCUGGGAAACUGGGAAACCGCUGCUGAACAUGAUGACAAGCUGAGGGUUCUCCUAUUCCAUGGUAAUGGCAAGCAGCGUGCAAGGGAGACAGCGCAGUCCUGCUGGCAGUCAGCAGUACAGUGGUCUGGAAAUGGAGAAAUAAUGCUUUCUGAACAGGCUGUGGGAUCUUGCAAAGCCAACUGGUAAACUGUGCAUCCACAGGUAGAAGGUAUAAAAGUGUCUGUCUGAAGCUGCCUGCUGAUAACAGAAAAAAAUCAUAGAAUCAUAGAAUGCUUGGGCUGGAAGGGACCCCAAGUCCAUCAUCCAAUCACCAAGUUCCAACCCAUUUGGGGCUUUUUGCAUUUACAAGUUUUUAAAUUAAUCAAAGGCUGGACGCUCUUGUGUAACAGAGCUCAUGGAAAAGACUUCCAUCGCUUGCGUGCCUUAUGUGCAGAGGACAGAAUUCACUGGCUACCCUGAAAAAAAUCAAAUCUGCAUUCCAAAAUAUCCUUUGAGGAUGAGAAGAAUGCUUAUCUUGUCUCAUUGUGCCCAAAUUCUUUUUGUUAGACCUGAAACCUUGCUAAAAUGCUACGGCUUGUUUUAUGAUGGCGAUCGGAUGUACUUGUAAUCUGAUCACUUUCCCCAUCAUUAAAAACUAAAGUUGAACUGUUCUGAAAAGUCAGAAAUCUUGAUCUUCAGUUUAGAAUCUCCAAGGUGAAUUACUUGGUGGAAACUGUAUUCCUUAAUCUGUGAGUCACACAGCAUAAACCCACUGCAGAGAACGAUUACCAAGCAGCAGAUGCUGUAGAACCCAUAAUGACAAACUAAACCAUGUCCUUAAAAUGUCAUACGUGUGACCCUGAAUAAUUGGUGUAAGCUAUUUCUGAACAGUAUUAAAGUCACAACUAUACAACCAGCAGACAUGCUGCCUUUGGUAGCAAAAUUCAGUAUUCCUCGUGUUAGUCCCAAAUGGGCACACAAACACAAACUUAACAAGUCUUUAGACUUGUCUGUUCUUUACACAGGUGCCUACAUGAAAAUUCAGAAACGUUCUUGAUACAUCAACUUGGUUUAGCAACUGCACUGUUAUGAAAACUCAACCUUGGAAGAUAUGUAGUAGGACAAAACCAGCAUAAUAGCUUCUUUUUUUUUUUUCCCCCUAUACAUU